AUGGAUCAGCGCCCCGCCACGGUGCCGGCGUCAUCGCUCUCGGAGAUACGCUUUGGAUUGCUGUCCCCGGCGGAUAUUGUCAGUCUCUCCGUUCGCUCUAUCAGCAAGCCUGCCGAUGUUAGCGAUCCCUGCCUCGGACUUCCUUGCAUUCGUGGGAGCAAGUGUUUAUCGUGUGGAGCCAAUGAGCCAAAGGAAUGCCCGGGCCAUUUUGGUCGCUUGGAGCUCUUAACCCCGGUCUACCACCCAGAGCAUUUGCGAAAGCUUUGCAAGGUUCUGGGGAUGGUUUGCUUGAAAUGUGGCAAACCGAGGAAAAAGCCUGGGAGGAAAGAGGAAGAAGUGGACGUAAAGGAAGAGAAAGACGAAGAGGAUGAAGCGAAGCAACAAGAACAGACGGCAGCUGAGAAGGGAAAAGCUAUAGUGAAACAUAGCUCGUGUCCCGCUGAAGAAAAGCAACAAGAACAGACGGCAGCUGAGAAGGGAAAAGCCAUAGUGAAACAUAGCUCGUGUCCCGCGGGGAUCAACGAUCCGACUAUUUCCUACUUCACCAUAUCCGAUAGCGAGGACGAAGGGCUUUUCAUUGUGGACAUAAUGGCUGAAGAUGCCAAAAAGGCCCGCUGCGAGUUUUGUGAUGGAAGCUACAAAUAUCCCAACGUUAGAGUCCUUUCAAUGAAGUUCCAGAAGUAUCGGAUUGAAGGAAUUCGUUUGGAGUGUCCAGGCACAAAACCUCCUCCGAAUGGGUACUGGAACUUUCUCGGAGGAGCUUUGAAGGGACGUCGGAAAGUGAAACUGACUCCCAUUCAGGCACUAUCAAUCCUGAAAAAGGUCCCAGCGAGGGUCUUACCCGGCGUAGAUGUUGAGGCGUUCGUGCUGGAAAAGCUUCCAGUUCCUCCAAACUGCAUGCAGUCUUUACUAGACCCGAGGACUGGAAACGUCUCAUUUUCAAGCAGUGGAGCGAUUCAGACACUGCGGAAGCUCGUGAUGGAGAAUGCAAAGUUCGUUGACAGCUCGCCGAAAGCUUUGAAGACAAAAUGGAAGACCCUGCAACACCUCAUCUCGCAGUAUCUGCGCCUGAAAGGCUGCCCAAAGAUACGUAAUAAUCUCGAGCCUUCGACGAGGCCAGGAGUGACUGUGAAAUGCGCCGAAAUCUGGAAGAAUAACGUGACUGACACUAUCUUGUCGAAGAUGACACAGUACUGUGCCAUUGCGCUGCUCACUGGCGACGCUUACCUUGGUGUAGAGGAGAUUCUCAUCCCGGAUGAGAUAUCUAGGCAGGUGACGCUGCCAGAACGAGUGACAUCCUUCAACGCUGACAAGCUUCAAGCAAUUGUCAACGACUUACAGGUCGGUUUCAUCGAGCAAAACGGCGUCACUUGUGACCUGCGAGGCCAGUCCGCUGAGAGAAGGCAGUUGGAGAUUGGAGCUGUCGUUCAUCGCCCUGUGCGGGAUGGGGAUCUUGUUUUCGUGAGCCGGCACCCGGCGGUUUACAAACACUCAGUCAUAGCGCUUACUGCAAGGAUCCAUCCCGGGAAGUCUUUCAGAAUCAACCCUUUGGUGUGCUCUCCUCUCAAAGGAGACUUUGAUGGAGACCGGCUGCACGUUUACUUCCCGCAGGCCGAGGACGCAAGAGUGGAGACGAGAGAACUGAUGGGACUGAAGCAACAGUUUCAGGCGUUAUCAAGCGGAAAUCCGGUGAUAAGUUUGACGCAAGACAUGCUAGUUGCAGCGUACAUGCUGGUUUCGAGGCACAGUUUCUUUACAGCUCCACAAAUACAGCAGCUGGGUCUUCACGCUGAUCGGUGGUCGCUACCAGAUCCAGCGAUUGUCAAGCCACGGGCGCUGUGGACAGGUUUCCAGGCAUUUGGACUGUUACUGCCUUCGGAGUUGGCAUUCUCCACGAGGACGGGAGUCUUGAUUUCCGACGGGGAGCUUGUUACUGCCGGUGACGAUGGUAGCUGGCUGGGAGGGGGGACCGACUCUUUGUUACGUGCUAUCCACGAGAAGUUUGGCGUUGCAGAAGCAAUCGCGUACCUUGAUUCCUGUUGCUCGAUGUUGAAAGAGUUCCUACAUAUCGAAGGCUUCAGCAUUGGCUUGGGAGACUUCAGCGUCAGCGACAGGCAGAGAGAAGCGAUUUCGGAGCUUCUGGCGUAUGCUAAAGAAAAUUACGUGGAGGAGCAGGACUUCAGGGACGUUGAGCGGUGCCUAGAAGUUAAGAUAAAGAACGAGACGACGAAAGAGAACAGACUGCAUAUGAUGAUGAAAGCAGGCAGCAAAGGGUCCGCGUCUUCGGCGAGAAUUCACGUCGCCUGUUUAGGCGUCCAGGUUGUUCACGGUCGCUCGGAAUUCAUCGACAAGUCGUUUUGGAGUGGAUUAGACCCGUCAGAGUUUUGGCAACACAGCGUGUGUACCCGAGCUACACUCUUGAAGUCAUUGACGAUGCACGACGCGGGGACGCUGGCAUCGACCCUGAUGAAUCAUCUGGAAGACGUGUAUCUUGCCUACGAUGGCACGGUUCGUCACCGACAGAAUGAGCAAGUCGUUCAACUGGACUAUGGCAAUGAGUCGGCUCAACCGGGUGAAGCCGUAGGGGCCCUUGCAGCGAGCUUCAUUACGGAGCAAGCUUACGACACUGCAUACGAGGAUUUCAAGAAAACGCUGCAGUCAAGUGUUAACGAGGACAACGUUACGAUUUUAAGACUGGAAAGGUGUGGCAUCAACAACUGCCACUGUUUGGAGUGGAGAUUGUUGGAGCUCAAGGAACAGCUACAACCAGUUCACUUGAAGGAGAUCACGAAGGAGGUGAAACUUGAGUAUGCACCGACCAUCGUGACUUAUUGGCUUUGCCAUUUCUCUCUGGACCUGGAGCGUGUCGAGGAGCUAAAUUUGAAUCUAGAAUCCAUUCGGCAGUUGAUUCUAGGCCUCGAUUUUUGCUGUGAAACUGUUCUGUCCUGUGGCAAUGAAGAAGCGUGCUUGCACGUUGCAGCAGCAGCUGACGGUGAUGACAUGGAAGACUCCUUGAACGUCUGGAACUACAAGCUCAUACCGAAGCUCUUGGAGGUCUACGUUGCAGGUGAUAUACCAAAUGUUUUGCUACCACGUUACAGAUUUUCUGUGUGUUCAGGCAGCAAAGAUGUUCAGUCCGUCACUGUCACUCGUGACUAUCGUCAAGAAUUAGUUCUACAACUAGCUGCCUCGUUUCAAACACUGGCAGGACUCGGCCUGGACACUGUAGAUUGGCAGCGAUCUUCUCCAUUCACUGUUCGGGAAGUAUACGAUACGUUUGGUGUUGAAGCAGCUUGUCAGUUUAUCUAUGAGAGGCUGAUGACCAUCACGAGCUCGGAUGUUAAUCCCAGCCAUGUUCGUCUUCUUGCGGAUUAUGCAACGCAUACUGGAAAUGUGCUUGGCUAUACAAAUUCAGGUUUUAAGGAAUUUCUCAAGAGUACAGGCUCGUUGGCACCAUUUCAACGUGUUGCGGUGAAUGAACUUGAAGCCGCCGCACAAAAUGGUCUCUGUGAUCGUUUAAAAGGCGUGGUUUCGUCUACGGCUUGGGGAAAGCGUCCACCGAUUGGAACAUCCACAGACUUCAAACUUGUUUGGAAGAUGGAUGAUCCGAGCUGGGUCAACGUAGACCUUUACAAGUUCCUUGAAGGAAAUGUAUGCAAGCAGCCGCUCACACCAGCCAUUGCCGAAGGCCGUAAAAUGCUAAACAGUGAAUGGGAGUCGCAGCCGCAGGGAACAACAGAAACUAAUGGCUGGGACGUGCCAUCAACAACUGAGAACCUGGACAGUGGAUGGGGAUUGUUAACCACGACAGCGGACGUUGACAAUGGCUGGGGAUCGUCAACCGCGACAGCCGACGUUGACAAUGGCUGGGGGUCUUUGACGACAACUGAUAUUGGGGGAAGUGACUGGGGAUCAUUAGCGACUGACACUGUCAAGAAUGCGACGUCGACUGUUAAUGCCGACAAUGGCUGGGAGGCACCAAAUUCCGGUGCGGAUCAAGGCAAUGGCUGGGAAACAUCACGUUCAGGUGUGGAUCCAGGCAAUGGCUGGGGAGCAUCAUGUUCAGAUGCGGAAGUUCAAACUGGCUGGGCGUCAAUUCCCACUGAUCGUCCGGAUGUAGCUGAAGGCGAAGAAGUCUCCUGGAAUACGGCCUUCAAGGAUGACUCCAAGUUGGAAGAGCAGAGAUCAAAAAGAUCAUUUGCUCCUCUUGGUUGCAGAAGGAUUCCGAAUCCCCAUCUCUCAGAGGUAUGCAACGAUGGCUGGUCGUCGGAACCUGCGAACAAGGAUGAGGGAGGUGGUUGGGGACAAAGCUCGGAAGUGAUCAAUGGAAGUACCUGGGAUUCAACCAGUUUUGACGCUCCUGCUCCUGCUGCUCAAGGUCGUGACAGCAGCGACUGGCUACGAAAUGACGACCUGGAGCUGCAAGAAGAAAGACCCAAGCGUAAGUUUGCUCCUACAGGAGCAAACACGAUUCCUCUUGGCAAAAGAAGAGUUUUUCCAAAACUUGGCGUUGACAGUGCCAAACAGGACUCAGGCACCGAUGCCAAAGAUGUGGAAAAUAACGAGGAAAAGAACGUAGACCACGGCUGGACAAACUCCGGCUGGAGCCCUGUGAAGAACGACGACCAAGUAACGGUUGCGGCUGACAUUCAAGUUGACGGCUGGGGAGCAGCUCCAAACUCAGGUCAGACUUCUAUUCAAGAUGACGGCUGGGCAGCUGCUCCAAACUCAGGUCAGCCUGCUCUUCAAGAUGACGGCUGGGGAGCAGCUCCAAACUCAGGUCAGCCUUCUACUCAAGAUGACGGCUGGGGAGCAGCUCCUAGCUCAAGUCAGUUUUCUACUCAAGAUGACGGCUGGGGAGCAGCUCCUAACUCAGGUGUGACGAGCAACGACGAAGAAGCCGUGCAAGCUCAGGGCUGGGGAUGUAGUGCACCACAAGAAGUCGAAGGUGCUCCAAAGACUAGCGCAUUGCACCCCCGGGACCGUCCCCCUCCGGAUCCCUUUAAAAGAAAGUUCUGGAUGGAGGUGGUGGAGGUCGUGAAUCAAGCCAGAAUUGUGCUGAGAAGUUACCGAAACGGCGAUCGACUUUCCGAGGAGCACGAGACGGCCAUCAUGGAGAAAAUUCUCGUCCAUCACCCCUCCUACGACCAGAAAGCUGGAGCUGGUAUCGAUUUCUUGAAGGUCGAUCGCCCAGCGAAUUUCUCCGACUCGAGCUGCUUCUUCGUCGUCCGGAAAGACGGCAGCGAGGACGACUUCUCGUACCACAAGUGCCUGCGAUCGCUGGUCGAGAAGAGCUUCCCAGAGAACUAUCUCGCCAAGUAUGACGCAUCGUGCCUUCCCAAGGACUGGAUCAAGAAAGUGGACGAUUCAAGUGGAGACAAUGCAAGUUAAGUUCUGAGACAAUGCAAGUAAGUUUCGAGACAAUGCAAGUUAAGUUCUAUCUUUGCUA